UCCUCUCCGCGCUCCCGGAUCCGGCUCGGCCAAUCAGCGGCGAGGGUCUCUCCGCGGCGCGGCCUGGGAUUGGCUGCGAGGAGAGCCCCGCCCAGGCUUGAAGCCGCCGAGGAGUGGGUUCGGUUGAAAGGCAGAGCAUUGCCAGACAUUGCAAAGGGCAUGGAGCCGGGCCUGGAAGGAGCCGCCGCCGUGAAGGAGGGCUGGUUCCGGGAGACCUGCAGCCUGUGGCCCGGGCAGGCCCUCUCCCUGCAGGUGGAGCAGGUCCUGCAUCAGCACAGGUCGCCCUUCCAGGAGAUCCUGGUCUUCAGGAGCAAAACCUAUGGGAAUGUCUUGGUCCUCGACGGCGUCAUUCAAUGCACAGAGCGGGACGAGUUUUCCUAUCAGGAGAUGAUCGCCAACCUGCCGCUGUGCAGCCACCCCAACCCACGCAAAGUCCUCAUCAUUGGCGGCGGAGACGGCGGCGUCUUAAGAGAAGUCGUCAAACACCCCUCCGUGGAGUCCGUAAUACAAUGCGAGAUCGACGAGGACGUGAUCGAGGCCUCGAAGAAGUUCCUCCCAGGGAUGGCGGUGGGCUACGCCAGCCCCAAGCUCACGCUGCACGUCGGGGACGGGUUCGAGUUCAUGAAGCAGAACCAAGAGGCCUUCGACGUGAUCAUCACGGACUCUUCGGACCCCAUGGGUCCCGCUGAGAGCCUCUUCAAGGAAUCCUAUUACCAGCUGAUGAAGACCGCGCUGCGGGAAGACGGCAUCCUCUGCUGCCAAGGCGAGUGCCAGUGGCUGCACCUGGACCUCAUCAAGGAGAUGCGGCAGUUCUGCAAGUCCCUCUUCCCCGUCGUGGAGUACGCCUAUUGCACCAUCCCCACCUACCCCAGCGGGCAGAUCGGCUUCAUGCUCUGCAGCAAGAACCCGAAUACUAACUUCCGGGAGCCGGUCCAAAAGCUGUCGCAAGAGCAAGUGGAAGAAAUGAGCCUCAAGUAUUACAACUCCAACAUCCACCGGGCGGCCUUCGUUCUGCCGGAAUUUGCACGAAAGGCACUGAGCACCAUCUGAAUGAACCGCCGUCGAUCCGCAUUCCUUCCAAUUUAUGUAUUUGUACAAACGGAACGAAAGACUUUGAGGUUCGGAUCCUGCCGGGGUCGUCGAAACUGCCACCACCAUCCAUCCGGUCCAGGUGUUUCACCCGUUUCUCAAUCGAUUGGAAACCAUUUCGACUCCCGGCAUCGGCUUUCCACCUUUUUACCUCCUGUAUUUAUAACUGACAACAUAUCCCCGGUUUCCCUCCCUUUAGCCAUUUCCUUUCUUUUGGGAAGUUUUGCUUUGGACUCUAAUGGGACGGAAGGAACUGACCGACGAGUUGUUAGGUAUGACUUUUUCCUCCUCUUUAUUAAUUCCUCCGUUCCCACAAUUCACGGAUCUCUUCCUUUGCCCUUCUUCCCACGUUUUUGGCCUUUGCUCUCCUCAAAAGAGGGGUUCCUGUGCCUGCGUUUAAUACCCUCGAAGUCAUGAAUUUUUCGAUUUUCCGCACAAAACAAACAACAGAAAUUCUCGUCUGCGGAGAAUUGUACUUAGCUUUAAAUACGUAAGAAAAAUAUCAUUUUUUUUGUUCUGUUACAGGGUGAGAGAGGAAAAAAAGAGGAAUGUAAAUUUGGAGCUUAGACAGAUAUCUCCCCAAUAUGUAUUUUGUAGUAUUCGGAGGACGGAUAUGCCUGAAACGCAUCCAAGGAGGUCAAGUGUUUCCAGUGGUUUACAUUCAGAUCCUAAUUUUGUUGUAAAUCUUAUUUUUGCGAGUUUUGCCUGUCGUAUUGCAAAGGAAGCACUGAAUAUCAUUCACUCCCAAAAUCCCAAUCAUAUCUGAAUCUAUCAUGGGAAAUAAUACGGAAGGGAAAGAUUCGUCAACAUGUUUCCGCCCUCUCCGUCUUUAGCAAUAUAUCUGAGAUUAUUUUAUAUCCCGUUGGACUACAAUCUCCAGCAUACCUGACCGUGUUGCCUCAGGACGAGGGGUGUCGGAGUCCAAGCACUCCGCGGUUCAAUUGCUUUACAGGUCAAGGACUUGUGUUCCGAUUUAUCAUUUAAAUAAGACACUAUCGUGGUCCAUCCAUCCUGUUACACUGGAAUUGGAGAAAUACAUAUAGACCUCAGCAUCACAA